CAGGCGAGGAAAGAGUGAGCGUGUCUGCUGUACAAGGUCAGUGCCUGCUCCUGCUUCAUCCCUCGCACGCACGCAAGAUGAAACGAGUACAACAAAGAUAUCAAUCUGUCAAUCCCCUGACGGCGAGCGAAAGCUCGUCACAUGUCGAUAAUCAUCAUUGUACUGUCGAGUAGCUCUCGGCAUUCCUGACUCCCCCUCUCUUCUUCUUCUGCCUCCUCGACUGCAUCGCUACCGGCAUGGCUCAUACAGACGAGAACAGACAGACGAGAUGUCAGGACAGAAUGCGCCUGAUCGUCACGCUCGCUUUGUGCUCGGAGAGGGGGAGAUGAAAGUAGCGAUCGAAGAGGAUCCCAGAGUACCCAACGCUGCCACUGUCAUCAUCAAGAAGGAGGAUCACACCAUUGGCAACAUGCUCAGAGGCCAAUUGCUACAUAUACCCUACGUCGUCUUUGCGGGCUACAGAGUGCCUCACCCGCUCCAAGCAGACGUCGUCUUGCGCAUCCAGGUAGACGGCAAGGAUUCCAGCCAGACGCCCACGACAGCACUACAGACUGCGACGCGAGAACUGAUUCUCAUCCUCGCUGCUGCUCGACUGCAGUUCGAGGCCUCGUGCAAGAGCUUCACGGAACGUCAAGAGCUUGGUCUCGGUGCAGAUGGCGCUGAUCUUGGCGGUGCCUAUGGAGACUUUGCUCAGGCGGGCGGGUUCGCGCAAUAGUCUGCCUUUCUCGGCGCUACUGCGUCCAGACCAGACAGACAGAUGAUGUAUAUGUUGUUGUGUCACUCCGAUCCUCGUGCCCACGGUUGCACUGCCCGUUCUAGCACUCUCAUGAAGGACUGC